AUUUAAAGGAGGAAAAAAGAAAGAAAGAAAGAAAAACGUAUCUCUCUCUUCUAUUUCUCACAAGUCACAUCCAUCACUGAUCUAAAAAGCAUUCAUUCACAGACUCUCUCUUUGCCAUCUCCAGGCUGCGCAGAUUCUGACUGAAAAGAGUGAAGGCAUGGGAAUCCAAGAGGACCUAGAGCAGUGUAAGAAUCGUGCUGAGCAUGAAGAGGUAAGAGAACCACUCAUGGACAAGAAAAAUCAAUCAGGCGAACAAGAUGGAUCUUUUGCUCAGAGUAGCAGCAAAGAAAGUGCUUGGAUGGUUUACCUCAGCACUUUUGUUGCAGUCUGUGGCUCUUUCGCAUUUGGCUCAUGUGCAGGCUAUUCAUCACCCACAGAAAAUGCUGUCAGGGAAGAUCUCUCUCUAUCUCUAGCAGAGUAUUCCGUGUUUGGUUCAAUAUUGACAUUCGGAGCAAUGAUUGGUGCAAUCACAAGUGGGCCCAUUGCUGAUUUCAUUGGUCGGAAAGGGGCGCUGAGAGUGGCUACCAGCUUCUGUAUUGCCGGAUGGCUAGCCAUCUACUUUGCUCAGGGGGUUCUGGCGUUGGACCUCGGGAGACUGGCAACAGGUUAUGGAAUGGGAGUCUUUUCUUAUGUGGUACCUGUUUUUAUUGCUGAAAUUGCACCCAAGAAUCUUAGAGGAGCACUAACAGCUACAAAUCAGCUUAUGAUCUGCGGUGGAGUGUCUGUUGCAUUCAUAAUAGGAACCGUGCUGACAUGGAGGGCUUUGGCAUUGACUGGGCUUGUUCCUUGUGCAAUUCUGGUUUUUGGCCUGUUUCUGAUUCCCGAAUCUCCCAGAUGGCUGGCAAAGAGAGGACGUGAAGAAGAGUUUCAAACAGCUCUACAAAAGCUUCGUGGCAAGGAAGCUGAUAUAUAUCAGGAGGCAACUGAAAUCAAGGAGUACAUAGAAACUCUUGAACGGCUCCCAAAAGCCAGAUUCCUAGAUUUGUUUCAAAGAAGAUACCUCCGCUCAGUCAUUAUAGGAGUAGGACUGAUGGUCUUUCAACAAUUUGGAGGAAUCAAUGGGGUCUGCUUUUAUGUCAGCAAUAUUUUUGAGUCAGCAGGAUUUUCUCCCAGUCUUGGAACCAUAAUCUAUGCCAUUCUUCAGGUUGUGGUUACCGCCCUCAACACAAUCGUAAUAGAUAAAGCUGGAAGAAAGCCUCUAUUACUGGUUUCUGCAUCAGGACUGAUUCUUGGCUGUUUAAUAACUGCGAUUUCAUUCUACCUAAAGGUUAAUGAAUUGGCAGUCAAAUCAGUCCCGGCACUUACUUUAACUGGCAUACUGCUAUAUAUCGGCUCAUUUUCAGCAGGAAUGGGUGCAGUUCCGUGGGUAAUAAUGUCUGAGAUUUUUCCAAUAAAUAUUAAGGGAGUGGCAGGAAGCUUAGCAACACUUGUGAACUGGUUUGGUGCAUGGGCGAUUUCCUACACUUACAACUACCUUAUGUCCUGGAGCUCCUAUGGUACCUUCAUUCUUUAUGCUGCAAUCAACGCGCUGGCUAUAGUGUUUGUGGUCAUGGUGGUGCCAGAAACAAAAGGGAGAACUCUGGAGCAAAUCCAAGCAGCCAUUAAUACAUAGAGAAAUAGACAGGGUGUAUUGAAUACAUUUAUUUCACGGAAAUAAAGACCCUUACCCA